UGGCCACGCCAACACUUUCGAACCUCACCCUCCUCGCUCGCCACGCAGAUGAACCUUGGCCAAUCGCCCAAAAGCUAUUCCUCAUUCUCAGCGCCUAUCUUCAGCUUCCAUCCAAAACCCCAGCUGUCCAUGCAGCCCAGAAGAUCAACCAACUCUUCCCGUUAGUCCGACCCGUCGAAGGGGAUACUCUCAACGAGACCCCAGAGAGCUUCCUCUGGGAGAUGUGGGAGGUCUUGGUCGAUGUCGCGUCGCAGAUUCCCUGGGACCAUCCCGCACAGGACAAGCUUGUCGAGUUUCUGAAGAGCCUUCGCGACUUGCCCUAUCCUAUGACGGUCGAUAUGGAAGAAUGGGGUGAAGUACAACUCUGGACGGACCUCCCCAUCUUGGGCCCAGUUUUGACCGAAACGUCAUACAGCACUAAUGCGGCCGAUCAGAAAACAGCGCAAUCUGAACGCGCUCGCAACCUCAACCUCGAAGCACUCCGUGCCCGCCUAACGCGAGACGAAAUCCAAGACUGCUCGUCAAACGGCAUAUAUGCCUUACGUGAGGCACUUGAGCAGGAGCCCGACUACCGAUCGCGUGCAUACCACAUGCAGGGCCCGCAAUUGGAGUUGUACGUCCCAAUCGCCUCCGUAUGGAUCCAGGUGGCUGGAGCUGCGUUGUUCCGACAUGCGCGCUCGUUAGGGGAAGAGGCGGACGAGGGGUGCGCUGACAUUGGAGGUGGUCGGACUUGGAAAGGGAAGAAUGGUUUCUCGUUAGCGAGGUGGGAGUACUGGAAAGAUAGGUUCACCCAAGUCAAGGUGCAUGAUCAAGCGAGUGAGAUAACGAGGGAAUUCGCGGCGAAGGCGGAGGAAGUAAUGGUGGCGAUAGAGGCCGAGAUUUAAG